CCUCCCUGCUGGAGUGCCGCAGCCGCCAGGGCCGGGCAGCUUUUCAGAAGGCGGCGCGUGCGGGUGCAGCAGCAGCAGCAGCAGCACGAGUCGAGCGAGCCGCGCGCCAGACCCGAGCCUUGGCGGAACCCCAUGCUAGACCUUGCCACAGCACAGCUCCAGAUGCUUCCACAAGACUACAAAGAUAUGGAUGGUUUCUGAAGUCCUGGAAGUAAGGAAGCUCUCUAGUACCCUGGCAGAGUGUCAACCACAACUUUGAGGCGGAAACCUACACUGAAGUUCUCCACGUUCCAGACUUCUGCUACUUGAAAGAAAUCACUGGUCAAUAAUGUGAAGAAGAAAACACAAAGGUUUUUCUGGAGAAGAAGACCUCAUACUUGUGAACUGCUUUCUUUUUUCAUUCUUCCUUUGUAAGCCAGGUUUUGUCAAGCACCACCAAAAGAUGCCUGCCAAGACACCCAUCUACCUGAAAGCUGGCAACAAUAAGAAAGGGAAGAAAUUCAAGUUGAGGGACAUUUUAUCUCCUGACAUGAUCAGCCCACCUCUAGGUGAUUUUCGCCACACCAUUCAUAUUGGGAAAGAAGGACAACACGACGUUUUUGGAGACAUCUCCUUUCUGCAAGGAAAUUAUGAACUCUUACCUGGGAAUGAGGGAGAAACAACAGGCAGUCAGUGCGGAGGGCACAGUGAGUUCCUGAGGGCAAACAGCACCUCUGACUCUGUGUUUACCGAAACGCCUUCCCCAGUGCUCAAAAAUGCCAUAUCACUUCCUGCCAUCGGUGGUUCUCAAGCCCUCAUGCUGCCCUUGUUGUCACCGGUGACAUUUUAUUCAAAGCAGGACUCUUUGGGGCCGUUAAGGAAUCCCAGGCAUAGCUGUGAGCCCGUAAUGGAAGAAAAGUUGCAGGAGAAGAGCAAACAGUUGGAGAAUGGGAAGAUAUACAAAGAUGACAUCACAUGGCAGCGGAACGUCCCAACAUCGCAUUAUGCUAACGGAAGAGACAGUCAUUCAUCCAGCCUUUCGGAACAAUACACUGAAUGGCAAACAGAGGACUUAUUUGACAACGGCCAUCUUUCAUGCGAUUUAACCAAGACUCAAGUUAAAUCCGAAGAAUCCCUCUCAGAUCUGGCUGAGCCUCUCUUGUCUCUGCAGCUCGACCUGGGGCCCUCGCUUUUGGAUGAAGUGCUCAAUGUAAUGGACAAGAACAAAUCAUAGAACACGUUGCGCUUCUCACCUCACUUAAUACAACUGAAACAUAAGGACACCGUCCAGCAAAAGCUAAGCACUUGAGACCACAGUCCUCCUAUGCAAA